ACUAUUCAUUUCCUUUCGUCCUUUCCAUUAAUGAUUUCCACAGUGGUCGGAAUGAUAAGCUUUUAUCAUUGUUUAUCCAUAUGUACGCUUGGCCAAACUGUACACGGAAGAUACGUUUUGAGCGAGCCCGACAAGCAUGUACACCGUUCUUCUCUUUGCGUGAACGAGCAAAAGCAGGACGAGGAGAGACCCAGUACUCGAUUCGAACUGGGCUUUCAGUUUUCAGUUGUUUAAUGCUUGUCAUUGAAUACACUCCACCAAUUCGCUGAGAUCCCUUGUCUCGGGUUCUCUUUUUCUUAUCUCUUGAAUUGGAGGGACAAGAAAGGCUCCGUUUUUGAAGGAUUGAAACAGCCCUCGUCCUCCCUCUUCUUCCCGCAGGUUCCGAUUGCUCUCUGUGUCCUGAUUGCUUGAUCUCGUGGUAAUUGUCUCUCUGGCGAUGAUUUGGCUUCUGGGUUAGUUAUUCUAGGAAGCAGAGAGGAGUGAGCGCAUCAACCUGCCAGAUAUAUUAGCACGCUAAACAUGGACAAAAGUAUAUCCAUGGAGGAGACAGAGGGUUUAAGAAAUGCUGUUGAGAUGGCUAGUUCAGUUUCUGACAAGCAUCUUGAUCUUUUAAGGCCAUCAGCUCGAUAUUUUUCGGGAUCGAAAGACGUAUCGGACCAUCAAAGAGGCAAAUAUACCCUCAUCAGAGAUGCAGAGGAUUCCCAGCUAGGCAUCUAUGACAAACCUCUACCGUGCUUUGGGUGCGGGAUUGGAUGGUUUUCGUUCCUUUUGGGGUUCGCAUGCCCUGUGAUGUGGUACUACGCUGCAUUUCUCUAUUUUGGAAACUGCUACCGCAAGGAUCCUAGAGAACGAGCAGGCCUCGCUGCUUCUGCUAUUGCUGCGAUGGUAUGCUCGGUUGUGCUGCUCAUUGUCAUCGCAUUUGUCAUGUUCACCAGAACGUGAGAGCAAGGAACUGGAACUCGGCGCCAAAAGUGACGCCGUGAACUCACGAUUGUAGCGCUAUGAGAACAGUUACAUACCAAGGGAUCUCAGCCAGACAAUACUGAUAGAAUUAUAAAAUUUGUCAUUGCUUUUCUUCUACUUCUCUGUUAUCUUCUUGUGGCUUGGUUGGAGUCGUGGCAAGAAUGCACAAGGAUUGACAGAUUGGUUGAUUCGGGUCGUGUGGUAUUUUACGUGUAAUAUGCUCUGUAACAUAAUCUCGGGAAGUAUAGAAAAUAUCGUUCAAUA